AUGGAAGCAGAAAAUCACACAGAAGUAUCACAAUUCCUUCUCUUGGGCCUCUCAGAGGAUCCAGAACUGCAGCCCGUCCUCUUUGGGCUGUUCCUGUUCAUGUACCUGGUCACCGUGCUUGGGAACCUGCUCAUUGUCCUGGCCAUCAGCUCUGACUCCCACCUGCACACCCCCAUGUACUUCUUCCUCUCCAACCUGUCCUUCGUAGACAUCUGUUUCACCUCCACCACUGUCCCCAAGAUGCUGGUGAACAUCCAGUCACACAGAAAAGACAUCUCUUAUAUACAGUGUCUCACUCAAGUGUGUUUUUACAUGUUUUUUUCUGGAUUAGAUAGUUUCUUGCUUGCCGUGAUGGCCUAUGACCGGUUCGUGGCCAUCUGUCACCCCCUACACUACACGGUCAUCAUGAACCCCCGCUUCUGUGUCCUCACGGUUCUGAUAUCUUCACUCAUCAUUUCCUGGGAAGCUUUGCUUCACGUUUUUCUGAUGCUGCAGCUGACCUUCUCUGCAUGCACUGAAAUCUCACAUUUCUUCUGUGACCUGCCUCAGAUUCUCAAGUUGGCUCGCUCUGAUACCCUCAUCAAUAACAUCUACCUGUAUAUGGCAACUGCACUGCUGGGUGUGAUUCCCAUAACCGGGAUCCUCUACUCAUACUCUCAGAUCAUCUCUUCCUUAGUGAAGAUGUCCUCCACCGUGAACAAGUAUAAAGCUUUCUCCACCUGUGGGUCUCACCUCUCUGUGGUCUCCUUGUUCUACGGGACAGGACUGGGGGUCUACCUCAGUUCUGCUGUGACCCACUCUUUCCAGAGCAGCUCCAUUGCCUCAGUGAUGUACACUGUGGUCACCCCCAUGCUGAACCCCUUCAUCUACACCCUGAGGAACAGGGAUGUGAAGGGGGCCCUGGGAAGACUGCUUAGCAGAGCAGUCUCUUGUUUGUGA